GCGGUGUACACUCCUUGGUAACACUGCUUCAACGCCCUCUUCUCUCUGGUCACCACAAGUAAAAGAACUACUCAACCCUGGUCACUGAGCUACAGGAGAGCCUUCGUACUUUCCUUGUAUUUUCUCCGUGACACACAAGUGACACUGACACCAUCAAAAUGGAGACACAGCUGCAAGAGGAGACUCAGCCAAUGCCUAUGCAGUAUGAUCAGCAGCCACCACCAGUAUAUAUGGAACAACCUAAAAUACCUCUGCAGGGAAUAUUUACACACCUGAACCUGAGGGUAUUGAAGGAGCCGCGGGCAUUCAUUAAAAUUUUUCAGUUUAUAUUUGGAAUUUGUGCAUUUGCGACAACCACAGACUUCAGAACGUCCUUUUCAUUUUUCGUGGAGUGCAAUAAGGGGGAUAAUGUGACAAUCACCCAUGAUAUUACUUACCCUUUUGAGCUUGAUGCCAUAAAUACAAAAGUUACGUAUUGUGAGAACAAGGAGGAUAAUCUCCACUUAAAUGGAGACUUCUCUUCUAUUGCGGAAUUUUUUGUCGCAGUUGGAGUUCUGGCUUUCCUCUAUACACUCGCUGCACUGUUCCUGUACACCUUCUGCAGUAGCCUGUACGACAAUGAUGAUCGAGUUCCCAUCAUAGACUGUGCUAUUCAUGGUGUCUUUGUAAUUCUUUGGCUAGCUGCCAGCAGUGCUUUGGCUGACGUUAAUACAGAUAUAAAAAGUGUUAGUGAAGUUCAUAAAAUCAUUGAUUUAAAUCCAGAAAUUUGUAACUCUGACAAUUGUACUGCUUUAAAAGAACCUAAUUAUGCAAAAGUUUUAAUUUCUGUGCUUCUGGGGUUCCUGAAUACUUUCUUGUGGGGAAGUAACCUUUGGUUCCUAUACAAGGAGACUCGCUACUUCAAGGGCAAGUCCAUCCCUGCAAAUGGAUCUGCUAAUAUCGCAGGAACUGCCUAAGGUGUCAUUGCAGUUAGCCUGGAACAAAUGAUAGCAGUGACAAGCUGUGAGAAAACAGCACGUGUCCUGCCCAGCUUCCUGGAUGAAACGCUGUUGGUUGAUACUGACUACAGCCUCUUCUUGCAAUGAUCUGGAUGAUUUUUAAUGUAAUACAAGGUUGUAACAAUCAUUUGUCUAACUUCCAGGCAUUGGUGAUGAAUUGAAUGAAAUUUGCUUGUACUGUACCUGUACUGUAUUUGCAUUUGUAGAAGUAGGUUACCAUAAUUUACCUGAUCCUAGCUACACAACAGUACUUGUCUCAACAACACGGUGAUCUAAUGAACCCUUGUGCCAAUGGUGGUCUAAAGAAGAAACUUUCUUGUAACCUGAUAAUUAAAAAAUGAAACUCAGGAUAGUACUGGUAAUGAAAACACCGUUUUUCCAUUAUAGUUUAAACUUUAGAUACAACAGUGCAUGUUGUUCGUAAUGUAACUUGUUUAUAUUUUCAUAAUUUUGCUGCAUCUCUGCAAGAGUCUUGUUUGAAGUAACUUAGAUACUGUACGUUAAUAUAUUGGCACAGGAUAUACUGUAGGUAUGUGAAACAUUGAUGUCUAUUGGUACGGCAGCCCAAUGCGCAUGCCUGGUGGGCAGACUAUACAUUGAUGGUUACUAAGAUGGCCUUCUUUCUGACUUAAAAAACAUAACCAUACCAUACCAUUAACAACACAGCAGGGUGUCUACUAGGUGCUACAGUCCUACAAAGUCAUGGUUUUUUUAGGGAACCUACAAAAUUCCUACUAAGUCAUAAUUUUUUAGUAGAAGUCAUACUUUUUAGAACAAUGCCAUACUAUUGAGUUCCUAUAGGUUAUACAGAAAGUUUUAUUUUAAUUUAUAAUUUUCUAGGUCAAAAGGAGACAUUCAAAUACAAAGUAACUGUACAGUAUAAGUUAACAUGCAUAGUUCUUUAGCUUUACAGUACAGUAUGGUAUAAUAUUUGCAUUCUCAUGUUUAAGGUUUUAUGAAUGCUGUUCAACAAUAACUAAAUAAGUUAGUAGGCAAUUAUGGCUUCUGUCAUAUUGUGUACUUCAGCAGGUAUCCAAGUUGCAAGGUUAGCAUACAAUCCUAUUUUUUUUUCAUUGUUUUAUUGAUACCUAUUUUGUCUUAAAAUUAUAAAAUAAAAUAAAAAUCAUGCCCCUACAAAAAAAAGGCUAGUCCUCCCAGUUUAGACCUUUAUUCUGCCUAAUUGUAUCGUUAAUAAGUAAUUUGGAAUUUUGCCAUUUUCAUGAUGCUUCUGGGGGUCACUGUAGUGAUUGUUAAUACAUUACCUACCUUCCUGGGAGUGUCUUGAUCUCAUAAUUUGAUAAUAAUAAUAAUAAAGGUUAUUAUCAGUUGCCAAGAAUGCAUAAUGAAGUUCUGAAUUUACCCGGCCUUAAAUUGGGUAGGGGACAAAAAUGUAAAGCUUAAACAGGUUUAUUUUACAUAAACGAUUGCCAAGUCACUAAAAAAAAUCCAAAUACUGUAAAUGUACCAAAUUUGCAGUUCAGAUCAUAUUUAAUAAAAUUUUGGUCCUACAAAAGUCCUACUUUUUAAGGAACAAAGGUCCUACAAGGUCAUACUUUUUGCAAAUGUGAAUUUAGUAGACACCUUGCUUGCACAUUCCAUCAAUACGACCGCCAUACCGAGUAUAUCCAGUACUUGAUACAUUUACUUUUUCUGAUGAUUAUUAGUGAUUAGAUAAAAAUUUAUAAGUUAUUUUAAUAUUUAGUUUGUACAGUACACUACAUAUAUCAUUAAUUAAUGUACAGUUACAGUCAAAAGUAAUCAUUCACUUCACCACCUAACCCUGUGCCCGGCCGGGUCUUUUGUACACGGUAAGUCACGUGGGGUGAAGAGGGAGAUUGGUCAACGUAGAGGGAAGGGGGGUAUGUGAUGCAAAUUGCUCAUCAGAGAGGGCGGGGUUUGAAGAAGGCAGGGAAAUUCAUGAAAGAGUGAAGGGAAGGAUAGAUCUAAGUUGUUUUUUCCCUCUCCACUAUAUUAUCUUAGGUUUACAUGCUUGAAAGAGUAAUGGAUGAGAUCCCUAUUUUAUGAUUAUUAUAAUGUGCCAUCCAUUUCCUUAUUCAUAAUUUUUUCAGGUUGAUGUUCAGGUUUUAAACAAUGGUAAUUAGAUAUUCAUAAUAACAUUGAUACGAGGAGAAAUAUUGAAUACGGUGGUGUAAAUCGCAUUUAUUUUUAAUAUUUACCAAUACAAGUCACACAGAUUCUCAAUGUCCUCCUCGCCUGUCAGUCGUGGUUUCUUGGCUUAAAAUUGCAUCUUUUAUAUUAAUUAAGAGUUCAAAUGUGUUUUGUUUUCUUUACACACCAAAAAUUAGUUAUGUUAAUACUGUAUAUCAAAUAUACUACCAGCAGACCAUCAAAAAUACUCACUGCGGUCGGUUUCCCAAAUUCCUCCCAGCAGGUUAACCAACAUCUCGCAGUAUGCCUCCCUUGCAAUUUCUGACACAUUAUAGCCAGCCGUGUGCAAACUGAGAAUUUGCCCGCGACUCGCCAAUCAUUGUUCUUUAGCUUCCAUUCUGGGCUGGGUGUGGAGCAGUGGCCAAUCAACAUUGCCACUACCACCAUCUCGCUUUGCAUUGAUUUUUGCAGCUCUAAUAAACCUAUUACAGGGUGGUCAAGACAUAUUCUAUCCUACAAUUCAUUAUCAAUUUUUUUUUUGUCAAGUGACUUUUUUUUCUCCAAGAAAAGUAGCAGCAAGAGGAGGAAGUGAUCAAGUAACAGCCUAGUAGUGAACAAGGCCUAGAGCAAAUCCACGCCCCCUCCUCUCUUAUGUUGUCAUAGAGGCUUUCCUCAUGGAAGCCAGACACCUUAUCUGCCAAAAGCUUCCUCGCAUUCCUCCCCAGCAUCUCAAGUAAAGGCACAGUUAACUAAGGGAAAAUUAAGUCCAUAUGACACCUCCCUGGAUAUCCACUCUCCUGGUUGGUAGUUUUGGGCUUUAGGCCUAUCACCUGCCAGGGUCAUUAAGCUGUCAAUGUCAAGCUAUAUCCACCAACUUUAACACCUUCUUCAGGUGUUAAGGAUAAUUCUGACCACAAACACACUCACUACAUAUGUGUCCCUUCACUUGCACCCUCUUACCUCACCCCUAGUUCUCCCAUCAUCAAUACCCUCCCCCCUCCUUGUGGCUCAUCAUGUAGCCUUGAGCUUGCAGGUAUGGUAGUACGAGGGAUGGAGGAUUACUUUUGACUAACUGUACUUAUACAGAAUAAUGUACCGGACUUGAUAUGUGAGUUAAACAGAUUGUUUGCUUGUUGUUUAUAUUCAGCAAAUUUGUUAUCGUUUUUAUAUAAUCUGGUAAUAAAUUAUUUUGAGUAAAGUUGUCAGUGCAUGUUAUGCAGCACAAAAUAUAUCCAGAUCGAUUAUCUGUAAUGUUAUGGAAUUUUCAGUUCACAUUGAGGAGCAAAUAUUAAUAUUUUUCAGAAGUGAUGAGUGUUGCUCUUGACUUAGUGCAUAUCCUGCAAAUUAGUGAGAUGGUGUAAGCUACUUGCAAGUUGUAAAUAUGAACUUGAAGAUUUUUAGCCUUUUUCUCAGUCAUUUGGCAGCUAGCUACCACACAUGGGCUUAUUAAACACAUUUCGAGGCCUUUCACACCAGUCAUAUGCAUCAAUGAUGCGACAGAGAAAACGGCUGAGUGUCAGAAAGUUUGUACAGUAUUGGAUUUGAUGAAAAGAAUUUAGUCAACAGACAAUUGAGUUUACAGUAAUGGUGUCAUCCAAAAUAACUUGUCAUUAAGUAUGGCAGCAAAAACAACCUGUGAUGGAUUGAAAAAUAAUGAAUUUAUUUAGGCGAGAGGUAAAGCUUCAGUGGACAAAACCUGUAAUGGAUAGAGAAUGUUCAUUAAAAAUGUAUUAAAGAAUAAAAAAGUAUGCAGGUGAUAUUGAUUAGUAAUGGAAGUGUUAACAGUUUUAAAGAUCUUGGUUUAUGCUAUAGUAGAGGUACAGAAUAUUGACAUAGAUGAUUAAUGGCGCUGGUUAAAUAUGUUGACAUAAUGGUGUGAAGUUUUUACUGCACGAGUUGACAUGAAAUGUAAGGGAAGUGAUACAAGCACCUCUAUCCCUGCAUGCUUUACAAGAAACAUACUGGGUCGUUUAAGCGUUUCAAUAAUUCUGUUAGUUCCUGAUUAUUUUUUAUUUUUUCCAUUUAUUGGGUUUAGGAACGAGUCUUCAAGUAGAAUUAAGUACCUGUAUGUCUCAACCCAUGAGACAUGGGUUCAAUGCUGUUACUAGGCAUAUUUUUAAUGUGGUGCACUCUGAGCUCGUACAGUAAUACUUUAGGCAUGAAGAAUGUUAAAAGUUUUAAUGAGGGAAAACAUUGUUACUCUUAUAUAUAGAUAUUGACCAUGGAAUGCCUCUAAAUAAGAUACCCCCUUUAUAUUUAGUUAGCAACUCUAUUAAUUUGAUCAGUAUAUUGAGGGAACCAUAUCUCAUGGCUAAAUGGAUAAUGAAAUUUGCAUCUUACUGCAAUGACAGUACUACAGUAGUAAUAUUAAUUAACUGUACUCUUAGCAAACUGAAGGCUGCAGUUUUCAUGGUUUCCUCUAUCAGUACACUCUUCUAACUUGCUUCUCUAGUUGAGUAACAGUAGAGUUUGGUGUAAUCAAGGAUAAACUCUAGGAUAUAAAAGUGACAAACUGUGACAGUGUAUUGUGCUGUAGCUUCUGCACCAUAUCCAACCAUUAUGGGAGGUGUCCUUUCUAGUAAGUCUAAAUGUUAUUGAUAAGCUCUACAUACUGUAUAUGUAAUUUAUUAGAUACAGUAAUUGACCUACGAAUUUUUAAAUGCUUGCAGUGUUCAGCAAUAUUAUAAAAGGAGACAAUGUAAUACAGUACUAUAUACAACUAAGUUUUCAUUGAGUGUACAGCAAAGAUAAAUGUAAGCAAAUGCAGUGAGAUGUAUUUAUGCUUGCUGUGUUGUUGGCAAUGUGAUGAAGCAUAUCUUGUAAGUUACGUUCACCUCCCACUGGUGACUGAAUUGUUGUCCUAAGGGAGAGGGAUAUUUACUGGUUUGAACCUGUAGUGUGUUUGAAAAUAAUCCAAAUGUAUACUUUAGUUGUGAACAUACUGUACUGUACUGUAUAUCAGUUUUGCAUAGGCUUAAACCCAGCUCCUAUAAAUGUGACAGUGACAAAUAAGUACAAAACAAUAAAAUAGCAAGCAAUACUGUACUGUACUUUAUGAUGAAAUAUACUGUAUAUGGAGAAGAUUUGUGCAGAAAUUUUAAUGCCAUUGAUUGUAGGAUUUAGUAAAAUAUUGCCAUAGCUAUAAAACAUGUCAGUGAAAAAAAUAUGAAAAUGGAGAUCAGUGGAAAUCAUUUGUAAUGUAAAAAAAUUAUUUGCAACCUUUGGUGAAUGAUUUUGAGCAGUCUGUGUGGCAACAUUUGAACGAAGCACAUGUUAGUAAAAAGAGGUCUGUGUUCAAAUAUUGCAGGAAACUAUACUGUAUACUGUACUCGUAUACCUAUGUAUGUGGCACGGAUUAUAGGUAAAAAGUUAUAUUUGUACAUUUUGUAUUUAUUAUUUUGCAACUUAUCAUCUUGCUAGCUGCUUGGCCAGUUGGUCUGUUUUUUACCUUAUGAACUUUAUUAUCCAAUGUUUUAGUACAGAAGGAAGCUGGUGUGCCCAGAGAAAACCUAUGUUAUUUGGUAGGGUCAUAGUGGAUGAUGCCCUUCUUACAUCUGUCCUGGGCUGGGGAUUGAACCCAGGACACAAUAGUGAGAGAUAUGUACAUUACUGCUGUACCCCCAAGGGAUCAACAAAGACUUAGCAGGACACAUGCACAGGUAUUUAUUUAUUUAGAAAAAAACAUCUAGUGUCAAGAUGUGGUGCCAUAAUGAAUUAAAAAUGAUGAAACAAAAACCAAAGAUUAACACCAUUGUUUCACAUUUACUGGAAGCCAGCAACUUCAGUAAACAUGAAAACUCCAACUAGUGGAAAUAAAACUUAUAUUCCAAAAACAAAGGAUAGGUGAUAGUUCCCAUCCCAUCCCUUACUCCUGUAGAGAUGCCAGUCAUUUUAAACCCAUAUAUAUGUAUAUAAAAGUGUUAAGGGUUUUAAUUUUGAAUUAGUAGCUGCCAAAAUUGACAGGUGUGCCAGAAACCGACAUCUAAAGUACGUAGUUGAAAUUAUUUCUGGAGCUAUAUAUUUGUUUAUCUAAUAAGAAAUUGUUUCCUCAAUCUUUGUAAAGCUAAAUGUAUUCGUAGUCAUCUUGUUUCUCAAGUCAUUAUAAUUUAUUCCAUUUAUAUAAUGGUAUACACCUUGUAGUGUAACCUGAGACCUCUUGAGCAUUGUCUUUAUAUCCCCUUUGGGCCUUUUGAACAGUUAAUAGAAUAUCUGAUUAAAUAUAAUUUCUUCUGCUGUGCUUAGUGUGAAAUGGGACUAUCUAGUACAUUAUUUUAAGUAAAAUACAAGUGCCCAUUAGCUGAAAUCUUUGAUUUGGUGACCCCUAAUUUCUACAUACAUGUACUGCUGUACUUGAGCUUAUGUGUGAUGCAUUUCAAUGUAUAAUACCUUGUCUUUUUAAUUGCUGAAGCUCCCAAUAAAAGAAUCUGCCCCUGUGCUUUCGUCUUAGCUGAAAAUAUUAAUGUAACCAAUUGUUAAGAGGAAUUGAUGUAUUAGUUUAAUUACCCAAAAUAUCAGUUAUUUCUCACAAUUAACUCUUUCAGACACCACCACUAUUUUUCUGUUUUUACCUUGAAGUUUUUUCAUUUUAUUACUUAACUCUUCUGAACUCCUUCACAAUGCAUUGGUUUGGUUUGUACACUCACCCAUCAGUUUCUUUUUAAUUUUUGCUUGAUUUAAUUUAGUUAUACUGCAUAAUUUUGUUUACAUAGACUGUACUGUACAAAUUUAUCUUUAAAAAUUAGCACUUAUGAACACCUUUAUGAACUUGUGUAUUUCAUUUUUCAUGUUCUCUGUACAGUAUUUACAUGUUGUUAAGGUGUAACCACCUGAUCCAUAUUUUGACCAAAAAGUGUGGCACUGUAGACUUUUACUGAGAAAGCUUUGUUUGUUUUAUAAGUUAGUGCUGUGUGCACUGUCUGGUGUUGAUGUUAUGCAAUUAUGAUUUGAUGUGUUCUUUCUGUGUUUGAUUCUGUGAAUCAACAUUUGAUCCCAAGUUAAAUACAGUUCAGUACUUUAUUUAGGUUUACACUUUUCUAAUACUGAUGAAAGGUGUUGUCAUCAAUAUUUGUAGUGUAUGUUUAUUUACUGUGAGUUCUUUGGUAUUUUGAUGAAAAUUUGUUACAGGAAACAUUUAUUUUGUAGAUGAACUUGCACUGGUUGAUUAAUAAUUAUAAAUACAAAGAAA